GCGGGGACGGGCGUGCGGCGGCACCGGCGGGCGCCAUGGCGGUGGACAUCACGCUGCUCUUCAAGGCCAGCGUGAAGACCGUCAAGACCCGCAACAAGGCGCUGGGGGUGGCGGCGGGGGACAGCGCCAGGGACGAGCUGCUCAAGCGGGGAGCCACCCGCUCCAAGAGCGACUUCACCGGCCGCGCCCGGGAAGUGAUUUCUCAUAUUGGAAAGCUGAAAGAUUUUCUUCUACAACACAGAAAGGACUACAUUAAUGCUUAUAGCCAUAUUAUGUCUGAGUAUGGGAGGAUGACGGAUACGGAGCGUGAUCAGAUAGAUCAAGAUGCUCAGGUGUUUAUGAGAACGUGUGCUGAUGCCAUUCAUCAACUGAGAACAGAGGCACACAGGGGUGUCCUGUCUGCUCAGGUAAAGGAGCACAGAACCGCUGUCUUGGACUUCAUUGAAGAUUACUUAAAAAGAGUGUGCAAGCUGUAUUCUGAACAAAGAGCCAUCCGAGUUAAGCGAGUGAUAGAUAAGAAGAGACUGUCCAGACUUGAACCUGAGCAGACCAAUGUGUCCAAAUCACCUCUAUCCCCUGAAAAAUCUUCAUUAAAUCCUUUAGAUGAUUCUGGAGAAAAACUUUCUGCUGAGGAAAGUAAAGACAGGAAUCUGCCUGAUGCCCAAAGUAACCUUGGAUUAUGGGGGGAUGGCAAAGGAGAAGAUGAGCUGUCACCUGAAGAAAUACAAAUGUUUGAACAGGAGAACCAGAGACUUGUUGGUGAAAUGAACAAUCUCUUUGAUGAAGUCAGACAAAUUGAAGGAAAAGUGGUGGAAAUCUCCAGAUUACAAGAGAUAUUCACUGAGAAAGUCUUGCAACAGGAAACUGAUAUUGACAAUAUCCAUCAAUUAGUUGUGGGUGCAACAGAGAAUAUCAAAGAAGGCAAUGAAGACAUAAGAGAGGCCAUCAAAAACAAUGCUGGAUUUAGAGUGUGGAUCCUAUUCUUCCUUGUGAUGUGUUCAUUUUCCUUGCUUUUCUUGGACUGGUAUGAUAAUUAAUUAAACAUACUAUUGUCUACGUGCUUUGUUUGUAAAACUUUUGACUUUUUUUUUCAAUGGAGUUGGGUAUAUGGCAUACCUACAUAUUUUAUGCAUUUUUCAUACCUCUAUGAUGGAAAUAUUUUCCAAGAAAUAAGUGUGUGCAUAUAUCCAUUAGUGCAGAGGGAACUGACAGCCUUCAUUUUAAAUCCAUUUGUCAAAUAUAAAACCACGCUUAAUCCUUCGGAGAACACUCUUUAAAAGGGCUGGGAAGAAAGCUACAAGCUGGAGCAGAGCUAAUGGAAGAAAAAAUAACAAUACUGGUUUUGUCAGAGCCACCCACUUGUGAUGUUGAAAGUCCAGCUCCCAUCCCAGAGCGAGAGAGAAGUGUUACUGUGCAAAAGUAUCUACACUGUCUCAGGCAUUUAUUUACCACUUCAGUACACAGUGAUCACUUUGCACAUCUAUGACCUCUACUUCUAAUCCUUUGAAACUACUUGACUGAGAAAUCAGCUUGAUUUUUUAGUAGCAAUAAUGAUAAGGAGUCAACUAAAGAGCUUUACUUCUAGGUGAAAAGAGAGAAUACAACAUAGACAGAUUGUGCAGUGAAACAGACGUUCUGGGAUGCUGGAACAAAGCCGAAGGAUGGACAGUAUUAAAGUCCAAGUACUAAAACUGGGAGCAGUUUGUUAACUAAAAAAAAAAUACCUCAAAACCAACUGUAGAUAAGAAUCAAUAAACUCCCUCCUAUUAAAUCAGAGGAAAAAUGGUUUUGAGUUCAAGAAGCAUAAGCAAUCUGCUUCUCCUAGACUGUAUGGCUUACUAAUUUUUAUUGUUUGUUGUUAGGAGGAGAAAAAGAAGUUGUUUCUCAUCAGUAUUUACUUGUGCAUUAAAAUUUUUAUUGUCCUAAAUUUAAGGGGAAGAGAUGUAUCAUGAAUCAUUUCUACGUAGGACAGUCUUGGGGAACAGAUCUUUCCAUCCUGUGAAAUCUGAAUGUCCUCUGUAAAUACGCUGGGAUGAAAUGUGUGUGGUUUCAUAUCUCUUCUGAAAUGUAUAUCUCUAUACAUUAUAUGCAACAAGCAGCAUCACUCUUAUUCUUUACUCUGCACAGAGUGAAAAUGUCAAAAGUUACAUGUGAAUUAAUUACAUUCAAUAAAGCAGAUGCCUGUUAAAAAUUGCAAACAUGGUAUGUGUUGAAGAUCUUAACAUAAGCUUGAUAUUUUUAAAUGCAAAGAAAAAAACUGGCACAUAAUUUAUUGCUUUUGAUGCAUUCCACAUACCACGAUGACUUAAUAUAUUAACAGCCUUUUAGAGCUGCACUGUGAUGCACAUUUCAUUAUCAAGCCUUGAGCAUUGAGUCAUAAUGGUUAUUUUUACUGUAUUGGAAUGAAAGGCUUUGAUAAAGCAAUUUUGCUGGAAAGAAACAGAAGUAGAGCUGACCAUGUUUGUUCUACUACUGAUCUUGAGAAAUAGCCUAUACUGAUGUUUCCCUUUCAAUUUUUUAAUAGACUCUACCAAAAAAAAUAAAAAGGAACUUUU